GUCGCGAGGACGGACGAGGUAUCAUCGUCCCCGUCGUUAUUCCGGUCCCGCGUUAUUUAGGUUUCGGUGACAGUUAACGCUCGAUUCCGGCGAGGACGUGAGCGAGGAACGUGUUCGAUCGAAGGCGGAAGUGAGAAAGAGAGAGAGGAGCAGCAUUUCUAGGCUCGCCGACGCACACAUUGCAAGAUGUUCUCCGGCCUGACGAAUCAGGUGUCCACCUGGAUGGGCAAGAAGCCCGAGAACGGCAGCGAGCCGACCCCCGAUGUGCCGAAACCCACCUCGCCGGAGGUCGAGACCAGCGCGGAUCUCGAGAAGAAGAACAACACCAGUCCAAAAGGCAAUAAAUUGGAAAUGUUUGCUGGAGUAAAGAAUCAAAUGUCCGGCUGGUUGAGUGGCGGUAUACCCGGGUUAAGUCGCGGCGCUGGGGCUGCCGAAGGUGAGGCCCCUCCGCCAACCGAAACAGAAGAGAGUCUGCCUGAAGAGAGUCAGCCUCCCGUCAGCGAGCAAGUCAAGGAUGACGAUGCAAGCAGUGCGACCGGUGGAGCGGACAGCGGUCCCGCGAGUUUAGAGGGCACCCCAACUGACGACAAAAAUGGACAACAGGCUUUCGGCGCCGUUUCCACGAAGGCACUGGCUGGUGCGAAGAGCCUCGGUGGGUUCUUGUACAGCGCCGUGAACAAGGCUGGGAAGACCGUGGUGGAGGCCAGCGCUAAAAUCAAGAAGACCGUCGAAGAGAACAGGCUGAUCGCUGAACUCAAUAAGGAACAGGAGGCUUUCAUCGCCAGUAAGCAAGCAGGCGAAAAGGGUGAGGCUGUUGCACCGUGGGUUGGUGCACCAAAUGAGGACGCGCUGCGUGAGGAGUGCCUGUCCCUCUCGACCGAUCGACGUAAUUUCGUGAGAGCACCACCACCAGGCGUAGAAUUCGCUUGGGAUUUCGAAGCCGUUCAGCCAAUGGCACAGGCUACCCUUGCCCUGGAUCCAAAUCUUGAAGCUAUGAGGUUCGAGCUUGUCCCGAAAGUUAUAUCCGAGGAGAACUUCUGGCGCAACUACUUCUAUCGGGUGUCCUUGCUGCGUCAGGGCUACGAGCUGAACGCGAUGGCAAGCCAACAGCAAGCGGAAAGCAACCCCAAUCAAACGCUCGCCAGCACCGAUAGCAUCGAUCAUACUCAAGAAGAAGAUUGGGAACGUGAAUUGGAAGCCGAGCUAAAGGAUUACGAGGUUGUAACGGGCAACAAUAACGGCGGCAGCGGCCAGGAGAGGAGCGUCGCGACGGCCACGAAAGACAUCGCGACCAACGAUAAUGACUGGGAAAAGCAGAUCGACGAGCUGCUCGCCAACGAGGACGACGAGGACCUCAAGUGAGCCGAGGAGAUCCUCUUCGUGACCGGAUAAGAGGGUCGCUCCACGUUGAAAUCCCACGCGAAUAGCGAGAUCGGCGUGCUGGUUUUUCGCAUUGGGACUUUUCUCUCUGAUACAGAGAAGCUCGCGAAUUUCUUUUGUACAUUAUUACAGUCUUUCGUUAAUCUCCUGAUCGCGAGACCCGUGUACAAGAAGGAGAGAAAAAAGUGUGGAAGAUCCAGUUUGUCAAUCGACUAUUUUAUUUUCUACGAGAUCGAAUCGAUCGAUGGAUUGAGGCUUACAUUGUGCGUGCGUUAAUUUUACGACAUCGUAAUGCGAAUUUUAAGGAGAAUCUAUUUUAUACCUGACUUUGAUCCAAUCACAGCUUGUUCUAUUCAUGCUUUCACAUGUAAGAAGAAAGACUAACGAAAAUUACAUAAGAGCGGCUUCAGUUCUUUUUAGAUUUCGAUUGUACUCUCUUUCGUUCGUUACGUGGAGAACUCAUACGCUAUUUAAAAACGACAAUCUCUCAUUGUCGUCCUAUAUAUAGACACGAAAACGUAAAAGUCCAGUCAUUGAGAUCUAAAGGAUUCUUUUCGCGUUCGUCCUGGCUUCUUUAACGUGGAGAAGCUGCGCGAGAGUAGUCGUGUUUUAUUUUAGCUCGUCUCGCGACUGUCUCCGCAUGAACCCCGAUAUAAAAUAGAAUACAUGAAACCGCCCUUUCGUAGGGAAAAUGUAGUUACAGGGGAGCGUCUCAAAAGAAUUCCUCCUUUUAUUUCAAUCCAUCGCCGAUCUCCUAAGGGAAAAAAAAAAACCGCGAAUAAAGAUGACGCGAGAUUCUUUGAGGCUCGUUUCGUCCUCGAGAGGCGUGUAUCGGGAUAAAAUGUAAAGGUAUGAACCGGAAGCCGCAAGAAAUAUUUCCGACACACGGGAAAUCACUGCUGUAACGACAAAUGUGAGGAUCGUGGCUAUACAAAGGAUAUAAAGCGAGAAUGAUGCAAAAAGGAGAGUCUGCCCAUCGUUUUCCUUUCGUUUCUUUUCUAAUUUCUCGAAAAGAAAAGCAGCUUCUUUACGAUCCUCGAACACGAUGAACACGAUGGUCCUUUCUCCUCCACCACCGCCGUUUUACAGCUCGAUGGUGAAGCAGAAAGACUCACGUAUUCGUACGAUUUUCAUCAAAGAUAUAUAUAUAUAUAUUCGUAUGAAUCUUUGUACUUCUACCUCCGAACUACAAAAUGACAUGCGAUUGUUGUAACUCUAGAGAGAGAAAUAUUGGAGAACAUAUGAAUUAAUUAACACAAGCUUAUGUCAAUUAUCGGGCGCUCUUGUCCGAGAACGUAAUGUUGAUCGUAAUAAUAAAUAUCUUCAAAGUUAUGUGAUAUUAAAGUAAAGUUAAUUUGAUCGACGGAGAUAACACGGUUGUUAGUAGACGAACGCUCUUCAUCGUGAUCGAAGGAUCGACAGUUUUUCAAGAUAAAUUACACUGCCGUGUGCCGAAGGACACCGUUUCGAGUGGCGGAUCGACGAUUACGGUGGUCGGUGGUGCAUUAUUUGCGAGUCCAGGUCGUCCUACAAAAUUAACGGUCCUUGAAUAAUUAUGAUAUGAAAAAAUUGUUUCGUAAUUUUUAAAUGUGUACUAAAAAGAUCCCACCUCACAAGUAAGACGCUUCGAAACGUAAAUGCGCCGCUGGUCGUCAUCUUUUCUUUACAAGCCGAACACUUUGUCGCAACGGCGCGCUUUUCAUUGUUGAUUGCCAGCCAAUUAUUGCCGAUCGAAAACAAUCUACGAAAAACGUGUCUAAAGCAAAGAUUGAUUCGACUUUUAUCUGCAAACUUAUUGUGACUGCGCGGAAUGUCCUACAACUGGGAAAGCGGAAAGGCACUAGGUUUAGCACAAUGUCUUUUGUUCGACAUGUACGCUUCUGGCGAAAUCUGUAGAUAAGAUACCAAGAUUGUUGUCGGCGACGAUAUGACAACAACGAUGACGAUAUUGAAAGGAGAAUGUGUCGUUUUUAAAUUCGUUCUUGUCGAUCGUGGAAGUGUUUCGUUAUGCGUUGUUUGUAUUGUGUCAAAGUGAAUUAUACGCUGUAAGAAUGACAUGUUCGCGUUGUCUGUACGGACGAAAUAUCGUAAUAAUAAAUCAUUGCAUUGACAGAAACUCCAAAUGGAGCAUAUAUUGCGCUGUUUCAUUUGUAAAGGCUCGAAGCAUAAAGAUUGUCAUAAUUGUUUCCAGCAGAGUCUAAGUCAACGCACAAGGAUUCAUGUAAACGUAUAUGCCGUUAUAUAAUUCUGAAAACAAGCAAUUAUAAAUAUACAAACAUACGUUAGUUUACAACUCUGUCCAAGACAGUUACGACAAUCUUUGAACUCAAGCCCCAUCUUGUAAAGCACACCGGCGGGAAUAAAGUUUUCAGUUUCGAUUGCAUCGGAAGUCGCGCGGCGCAAUAUUUUAUUGUUCUCGGUCCGACAUACCGUCCAAUUGUCCUCUGCCAACGGAAGAAAUGGGAAGAAACGGUCGACUUUCAAAGAGAGAUACUUGCGACAAUAAAAUCUCGCGUUACGCGAAAUUGCAAUUUAUCAAAAAUAUUAUCCAUACAGAAAAUAGCCAUCCUCGCGUAAAUUAAAAAGGAUACGACGAGUUUUAUCGGGGAUAUCUUCUCCGUGCAGACAAACAGGUCUAGCUCAGACCUUGAGAAGAAUCUGUCGCGUUCGCACGUUAAUAUAACAUCAAGUAAUGCUAUAACGAGGAUUAUUAUCGUAACGCCAAUGGCACGAAUGUACGUAAUAAAAGGCAGAGCAUGAGAAAAGGUGAACAAAUCGUCGGAUCGAAGCGAACAAGUGAAGGCAACUGGAUUUAUAAUGGGGAGAAGAGAACAUGGACCCACGAGUUUAAUUAUUAUUCUUAUACGGUUUUAUUACUUACGUCUAAUUUUACCUAUAAUAAAUCUUGGCGGAUGAAUUCUGUUGAAUAAAUUAUCGUCGUAUACUUUUGUCACGUAUUUACGAUAAAUGCGGAUUGUCUGACUAGUGAUUUUUUCACAGAAAUGUGAAUUGAGUCGCGUUACGUCUAUCUAAGUGUAUACUAAAAAUAUAAAAAUAUUUGCACUUCACAAUCGCGGAAAGUAACGGUAAGAAAUGAAGUGUUUAACACAGAAGUAAAUCUUUACGCAUUAGAUUCUUAUUUUGUAAGUCUUUCAAAAGGUCCGCGUCUCCCACUAUAAAUCUCGUUCAAGGAAUAAUAAAUUGGGUAUAAUCAAUAAGCAAGUUUGCGUUGAGAUGUUUGUUUUGCGCCAUUGCACGUCAAAUCCAGGUUUUCAGUCAAUUUAUAUAUACCUUGACUUUUUCUAUCCCUCCUUUCAAGUAGUCAUCCCCGGGAUGAAUGGAGUACCGCGGUAAUGCGAUAAGAUCGUUUCUCCAGAAACCGCACGGCGAGCGGCUUAUAUACGAUAUGUAUUAUUAUAUCAAUACUUCUCUCACAACUCGAGAAAAAGUCCGCUCGCGUUCGGCUGUGACCGCGCGAGCCAUUUGAAAAAAACAAAACGCUGCUUCAUCCGCGUUCAUCUUUUCCUAAAAAAAGAAGCUCGUUGUAAAGUUACCAUUCGUGUUUUUAGUCGAUAGGCUCGUAAGAUUUACUUAAGGAGGCGCAAUUCACCCAGGCCUAAGUCUGUCGAAGUAAAGCAAAGGCGAUAAUCGCAUUUAUCCGCUCUCUUUAUUAUUAUGCGCGGGUUCUCGAGAGAGGACCUCCAAGGGAGGACCUCCGUUCCCCUUCCUUCCAAAUCCUUCGACUGUA